UGCCGUUUCAUCUUUGAUAUUCUUCAGCUAAAUAAAAUCGGAUUGCAGACAUAUAUACACAUCAUAUGCAUGUGAGUGUGUGUGUAUAUAUAUAUAUUAGAAAUCCUUGAAUUGAUCAAUUUCCAGAUAACCUAGAGGCUUUAUCAGUUGUGGUGUUAGGGAUUUCUGGGAAGUUGGGGGAAAAUUUGAUUUGGCUGAAUGGCACAGGCUGUGGAAGAAUGGUACAAGCAGAUGCCAAUAAUCACCCGCUCCUAUCUCACUGCUGCAAUCGUCACCACAAUCGGUUGUUCUCUGGAGAUUAUAUCUCCUUAUAACUUGUACCUGAACCCCAAGUUAGUGGUGAAGCAAUACCAGGUGUGGCGCCUGGUUACAAAUUUUCUCUACUUUCGGAAGAUGGACUUGGACUUUCUGUUUCACAUGUUUUUCCUAGCUCGGUACUGCAAGCUUCUAGAAGAGAACUCCUUCAGGGGAAGGACUGCAGAUUUCUUCUACAUGCUCUUGUUUGGUGCCACUGUUUUAACAGGAAUUGUUCUUGUCGGGGGGAUGAUACCGUAUGUCUCAGAGUCAUUUGCAAGGAUCAUAUUCCUGAGCAAUUCAUUGACAUUUAUGAUGGUUUAUGUAUGGAGCAAGCAAAAUCCGUUUAUCCACAUGAGCUUUUUGGGUCUGUUUACUUUCACCGCAGCUUACCUCCCUUGGGUUCUUUUGGGCUUCUCUGUGCUUGUUGGGGCCAGUGCUUGGGUGGAUCUAUUGGGAAUGAUUGCAGGCCAUGCUUAUUAUUUCCUAGAAGACGUCUAUCCACGAAUGACUGGUCGGAGACCCCUGAAAACACCAGCAGUUAUCAAAGCAUUGUUUGCUGACGAGCCAGUAGUGGUGGCUCGGCCUGCUAAUGUUCGCUUCGCUGCUCCUCCUGUUGAUGAAGUUCCACCAAAUCAAUGAGAUAAUUUUAUAAGUAAAAACCAGUGGGCACGGUCUUCAGUUUCUGUAAAUUGACCUUAGAUAUUUGGUUGGAGGGAAUCAGGGUUGAUCUUCUUGAUGAUGAUUGUGCUGGUUACUAUCUGUCUUCAUUCCUUGUCAAAUUGUUGGUGUUUGCUUACACUGGGCAACUUGGGUUUGAAGAUGCUUUUUGUAAUUUAGACCUGGAACUGGAGAAUUGUUGGCUGGUAGAGAAAAUUCACCUAUAUAAAGUGUUCUUUCUCUCUCAAAAGUUUUAGAAAUCGA